UCGCCCCCAGCCCGGGUAAGCAAGGGGAAGAUGGGGGCAGAGCAGGCAGGGAAGCCCCAGACCGCGCCGGAGGUGCUGACCGCAUUCUGUCCCUAUAGGGUUUCGCGCCGCCGGCCGCAGGCCCCGCGCCGCCGGUACCCGCUGCCUGAGGCCCGGUCUGCCGUGCCGCUGUGCUUGCCCGCCGCCCGCUGGGAGGGCGGCUCCCCCCGCAGCGCUCCUUGGGCCCGCCGUACCGGCCCGCUCCGGAGCCCCGUCACCGUGAGAAUCGCCCCGCCGGCUGUCGGCAUCGCCCGCUCCCCGGCUAUAGAGCAGCUGGUCUCGCCUCUGGCCUUCUCAGCCACCAGCAGCCCUGACCCAUGUGCAAAGGAGACUGUGCUGAAUGCCAUCAGAGAGAGCAGAAAAAGGGCUGUGGAGGAAGAGGAGGAGUCCCAGACUUUUGGGAAUGAUCAGGAGAGCAAAAGAAGGCGCCAUGACAGCAGUGGAAGUGGCCAGUCGGCAUUUGAGCCGCUGGUAGCCAAUGGUGCCCCUGCUUCUCUCAUACCCAAGCCAGGCUGUCUGAAGAGGGGUCUCGUCUCACACUGCCCAGAUGACUGCUCCAACAAGAGGUCUCGCACAUCCUCCAUGAGCUCCCUCAACAACACCUACACUGGUGGGAUCCCCAGCUCCCUCCGCAAUGCCAUUGCCAGCUCCUACAGCUCCAGCCGGGGCCUCACGCAGCGGUGGAAGAGAAGUGGUGUGAGUGUGUCCCCUCUGUCCAGCCCAGCAUCCUCCCGCCCUCAGACACCAGAGUGGCCUCUCAAGAAAGCCAGGGAAGAGGAGUCCCAUUGUUCCAAUGCUUCCACCCCAGUGAAAUCAGACAAGGAGCUGCAGACAGAGAAGGUGGUGGAGUCACCGGUGUGGAAGAAGCAGAAUUCCCUGAGCCUGCCAUCUGCGUCGGGGAGCAGUGGGAAGCGCAAGCGGAAGAUCCCGUUGGUGUCGUCCCUCCAUGGGGACCAGCUGGUGCUGCCUCCACCACCUCAGCUGGGCUACUCCAUCACCUCAGAGGACCUGGACGCAGAGAAGAAGGCAGUGCUGCAGUGGUUCAACAGUGUCUUGGAGGAUAAGGCUGAUACAGUCCCCAGCACCACUGCAGAGAUGAUGCCUGUGUCCAAGCCACUGGCGUUUGCUGUGACCUCCCCUGGGCCUAUGCCUGCCUCCACAGCUUCUGCCCCAGCCAGCUCCUCACUCCUGGACAGCCUGAAGAAGAUGCAGAGCAGCCAGGCUGUAUCCACAGCACCAGACUCCUCUGGAGCUGCAGCAGCAUCCCAACCACCUCCAUCAGCUGCACCGCCACCUGCCCCUGCUGCGUCAUUGGAGUCGAGCUCUCUACCUGCCAUCCCUGCUGACACCAAGACUGUGCCUGUAUUGAGCACACCUGCCCCCAGUGCUCCCCCUGCGCUGGUGGUGCAACCCCCCAGCAGCCUGGCCCCUCCUGGGUUCACCGAGCUGGGUCAGACCCCCAGCAAGCCUCCCUCCUUCCCAAAGCCAAGCAUCCUGUUUGGGAUGCUGAGCCCCUCUCCAGCCAGCCAGCCAGCAGUGACCACUGCUGUGCCCACCGCAUCCACUGCUGUGCCCACUGUCCCCACUGCCAUGCCCACCACAGUCCCUGUCUUCAAACCCAUCUUUGGUGCUGUGCCUAAGAGUGAGAACGCAGCAGCCUGCACAGCUGUCACUUCCACCACAGCCACCGUGUCUGCAAGCUCAGGCCCUGCCUCAACAUCCUCCACAUCCUCCAUAUUCAAGCCCAUCUUUGGCAGCAUCACUGCAGCUUCAUCUCCAGCGAAAGUCUCUCCUUUUGCCUUCAAUCCUCUGGCACAGCCAGCCUCAGAGCCACCAACUGCCUCCACAGCUACUCUGGCAGGAUUCACAGGUCUUCCCAACGUCAUCUUCACCACUGCAGCUACAACUGCUACCACCCAGAGUUCCUCUACGGAUGCCACCAUUAAACCUGUCUUCAGCUUUGGAUUGAACCCACCUGCUUCCACUGGCCCUGCCUCCAGCGUGACUGUCACUGCUGCCACCUCCACCAGCACAGCACAGCCCUUCCUGUUUGGGGGCCUCACCAGCUCAGCUCCUGGCACAGAAACCAGCUUUGCAGCCUCAGGGCCUGUGUUCCAGUUUGGGAAGCCACCUCCAGCCACAGUCACCGCCACCACCAGUGUCUCUGGAGGCCCUGCCUUUGGCCAGAUACCUUCAGCCUCGACAGUUGCUGCCACCACCGUGGGCUUUAGCAUAUUUGGGAGCACUACGCUGACCUCUGCCUCGGCCACCACAGCUCAAGUGCCGCUGACAUUUGGCUCCUCCAUUUCAGCUUUUGGCAGCUUUUCAGCCAGCGCAAAGCCACUGUCGCCAUACCCUGGCACUGGGAGCCAGCUGACCUUCAGCACUGGGGCUGCUGAGAGCCAGGUGCCUGCCAGCAAGCCUGCUGCUGGCUCUAUCACCUUCACCCCCCCGUUCAGUUUUGGAGCCUCCCCAGCACAGUCAGUGGCUCAGCCAGCAUUUGGCAGUGGUGCCCAGCCAGCCUUCGGCACAACCAGUGCUCAGGGCUCCUUUGGCACCAGCAGCACCCAGGCAGCGUUCGGGACCACAACCUCAGUGUUCUCUUUUGGAACAGCCACCUCCACCACAUCCAGCUUUGGUGCCACCACCCAGACCACAAGCAGCAGCACCAGUGCUACUGUCUUUGGCAGCACCCCAUCUCCAUUCACCUUCGGGGCUGCCACCCAGCCAGGCCCCCCCACCAGUGCCUUUGCAAUGGGCACACUGGGCCUUAGCAGUGGGUCCCCGGCUGUGGCCUUCAGCUUUGGGGCUGGGCAGAGCGGGGCAGCCCCGGCAGCAACACCGUUUGGUUCACCUCUGCCACAGAGUGCGCUGGGAGCUCAGGGCCAGAGCACGCCCUUUGCCUUCACCAUGAGCAGCACUCCCAACAGCAAGCCUGCAUUUGGAGGAGCUCCGGUGCCGACCUUUGGGCAGAGCACACCUGUUCCUGGAGCCGUGGGCAGUGGAAGCGGCACCCUUUCAUUCAGAACACCCAGCACUCCUGCGUCGAGCUUUGGAGGAGUCGGCACUUCCUUUGGUUCAUCCACUCCCGCCUUCUCCAUCGGGGCAGGAUCCAAGACAGGCACUCGCCAACGGCUGCAGGCACGGAGGCAGCACACCCGCAAAAAGUAACCCUAGUGCUACUGCACUCCAGUAGCCCGUGUGUGGGGGCUCUGGGCUGGAGCUGUCCCUAUGGUGGGACCAGGCCCCAUCCCUGACACCCACCAGAGACCGUGCUGGGAUGGGAUAAACCAAACUCUUGUUACUUGAACAGUUCCAGAGCCAAGGCUGGACAAAUCUCUGUACAUAUCCACAAUGUUCUUUCCCUCAAUUUAUUUUGCCUUGGUUAAUAAUGUGUACAUUUCUCCCCACUUGCUUCUUCUAGCUGUUCCCUUGGCCCUCCCCAGCCCUCAUCCAGCCCCAAGGUUGUGUCCCACUCAGAGCCUGGCUGGCAAUAUGCUGUGGUUCCAAGCUGCUGUCAGACACCAUCUUCACCAGGUCCCAAAAUCUUUCCCAUUGUUCAUUGCAUGGCCUAGUGAACGUGGUCCCAUGCCUGCAGCCAGGGUGGGUUCCAGCCUGGCUCUGUUUUGGUGCCACAGGUGAGUGGCAUGGGUGCAGCUGGGUGACACCCCUCUCUGGGACCUAAUGUCCUGCUACCUCCAGCUGAGGAUAUGCCAUAGCCCAGGACCUGGGCUGGAGGUGUGGGGUGAGGAUGGGGAUCCCCCCACCCCUCUCCCAUUUCCGCUGCUCUGUGGGGCUGUGGGCUGCCCCCACCCUGCUCCCCAGUUCUGCUUUAUCCGUGCUUCUGUUCCUGUGCUCACUGAGUCGAGUUUGGAGGAAGAGCUGAACCGUGUGUGUGGCGGCAUGUUGGUUAUGCCGGAUUUGCUGUUUGGAGUUUCUUUUUUGGGGGGCACCAGUCCUUGGGGGGAGACGUGCCCCAGCUAAUUGGGUGUUGACAGUAGCAUCACUGCGUGGCUGCUCGUGCUGGGGAGUUGUCCCUUCCAUGUCGUGACUGAAAGGCAGCUAGGACAGGGGAUUCCAACUGUGGCAGUCUCUCUCCUCCCUUUCCCUCUCCCCUAGUACCUCUUCUGCACUUCAGGAGGCCCACAACUCCCACUCACAGGAGUCCAGAGCAGAUGCAUUUUCUUCCCAUCCCAAAUCCAAGUUGUUUUUCAUUUUUCAGCUCAUCUCCAUCCCAGUGGGUUUUACUAGCUCCUAGGAACCGUGGUGCUGCCUCCCCUGUCCCCAUCCAGCUAAGAGUGGGAAUCCCACCCUUCCCUGCCUUGGAGUUUCUGUGGGAAGAGACUGCCAGAGCUGGGGGUCACCAAAGAGCCACCCCCUGCCCUGUCCCUGGUGAGGGAUGGGCAUUACAUUCCCAGGAAUGCUUUGCUGCCAGGUUUUUACUCUCCGAGCCGUGUGAGUGUGUGUGUUUGCUGAGGUCUAAAUUUAAAAAAAAAUUUAAAAAAUAUAAAAAAAAUAAAAAAAAAAUUCACAAAUAUUUAAACAUUUUUUAACAAAAUAAAAAUUUAUUUUUAUAUUUAAGCUAAAUUGCCUUCAAAUUCCUUCAAGCUUGGUUCAGUGAAGUUGCCUGCCCCACAGCUGUUAGUGUUUAGCUGUUGUUACCCUGGCUGUGCCUGUGGGAAUGCACUGUGCUGGGAAAGGCAGCUGCAUCCUGCAGGCUCUGCCACGCUCCCCCCACUGUACAUCAUCCCCUUCCUUUUAAAUGUGACAUAUGUGGAUGUGACUAAACCUUUUUGUUUGGUUUUUUUUAAGUUUUUUAAUUAUUUCUCUGAGGGUGAGGAGCAGGAGCUCUCACAUUAUGGUGCCAAGUGCCAGGGUCAAGGCGACUCCAAGCAGAAAGGGCAGGGGAUGGACUCUGUUGCAUAGAGUGGACACAGCCCUGUAGUUAGGAGACACAGAGGACCUGCAGGUGUUGGUGGGAAUGUUCUGGCUAUCAUCCACUAGCAUGGAUGAGGGUGAAGUGGGCCAAGAGCAGCCAGGCUGGGAAAAUGUGUCCUUGGGGUUGGAGGAAGCAGAUGGGCAGGGGUUAGUGCCUGCCAAGACUGAGCCGGGGUGCCCCAGCUAGCCUGGGCCAGUAGAGCACCCGCUCCCCUUCCUCAAGGUGCCAGGGUUUGGCCAGGUCAACUCUGACAAGAUGGGGAUGAGCUAGGACAACGUUAAGGGCACCCUGGCUCUGGGUCCUGCCCCCCAAGUAGCUGCCCCACAUAAUCCCACACGCUAUGAGGAGCCAGGCUGGCCCUUCCCUGCCACACGGGCACUGCAGGGAGAGCCCAUUGUGCUUGGGGGGAGGCUGGAUUUAACUGACUGAAGACUUGGAUCAUUCCGGGUAUGGCUGUUAUUAGUGUGAAUGUGCAAUUUUUGUUUCCUUGCUUCUUAUGUCCCCAGUUUAAAAUAAAAUGACUGUGUUCAAAA